GGAGCUGCACUGUUCUCUCCUGAAGAAGGCGCUAAAACCCCACGAUAAACAACUCAACCCCUGGGUUAUUACGUCUGACCCAGGAGCUGGGUAACACAAAAACUACCCAAACACUGGAAAAAUAACCUAAAAAAAAAAUCACCCGAAAUGCUCAACCCAGGAAAAAUAUUCCAAGAUUUUUUAGAGUAAAAAAAAAAACAAACCAAACAAACCCUCUUUGAAAAAACUGACGUUUUGAACGUUUGAGCUUAAUGGGAACGUCUCAUUCAUGUCUGCAGCACAAUAUACUUACUGAAGUUGAAUGAUUAGGAGUUUGUUCAAAUUACUUAUCUAUGAAUGCAAAGUAGUAAUAAUAAUGCUUGACUUAUAAAGAUCUCUAAUAUUUUACUAAUUAUGGAAACAUAAGGAUUCACCUAAUGUUUUCAUGAAUGGUCGCUUAAAUCAGCUAUUACACGGAUACUGGAGCAAAAUUUUUUGUGUGAAUUGUACAUAUGAUGAACGACAAAAACCGUGUGUGAUCAUUUCUUAUAUUAUUAUACCAAAGACUUGACAACGAAUGCAGAAUCAAACUGGCAAUAAAAUGAGAGAAGUGGAAAAUACACCAUUUUCUUCAUGACAAAUCAGUAAAAUUUGUCCCUUUGAACUGGACCAACAUCCUCUCAUUAUAUUACUGGAGAGACAGGUCAAAGCUUUAGAGGUCUCCAGGAGUUAUGGCCUGUCACAGUCCACCUCUGACCAGAGAAACCUGCAGACCUCCAUCACAACAUCAUGAAAACACUGCUGUAUUUACUGCGGCUGUUUCUAUAGAGCUAUAAUAAUAUCAAUUAACAAAGAAAAAAGGGCAUUAUAAUCAUGACCUGCAACAUUAAAAUUAUUAUGCCUAUUAUUAAUAUUUUUAACUUUAAUUAUAAUGAUUUUGAGACAACCAUUUAUUUUUCUAGCAAAGUUUAAAAUGUGCUCGAAUUACAGGUCACUUUAUUUUAUUUUCCAGAUUAUUUCAAAGAUCUUCACAGCCAAAAUAACCCACAGAGACAAUGAUCAAACAAAUACACACGACAAACAACAGGAUAAAAAUGACAAUAUCCGUUCUCUUUUUACACGAAAUUAUUAUUUUUAUCAAUCGCGCCCUGUCUCUUUUUCCUGCGCGCUCCCGCUCUCACACACUCGAGCCCGCGCGCGCGCGCGCGCACAUAAACUAGUUGUCAGUUUCGUGAGUCAGUAGCGGAGCAGUAUCUUGCUGUUAUUGAAAUAGUGACACUCCGCUAUUAUUAGACACUGCAGACGAACAAUCUCUUAAUCUCUUAAUCUUUCACGGCUUGAAGAGGUGUUGUUGAAUUUAAUCAUUAUAACUUAAUGAAUGACAGAAUCUUUUAAGUUACAGUAGGCUAGGCUUUAAUAAGAUUCUCUAUCUUGUGGUUGAAGAACUAACUUUUGAUACCUGUGAUGAGAUUGAAGCUGAUUUGAAUGCAUGAUUUACAAUGUAUUGUUGAUUAAAUAAAGUGUGUGUGUAAGAAAGAGAGAUUUUUAAACACGCUAUCUUUCUCUCAUAAAAUGUCUUGGUUGAUACCCGUUGUAUAAGCCGAAUAAUUUACUUCAUUAUUGUAAAAUAAUGCAUGACCACUUCGCUUCAUAAUGUGCAUUUUCAAUAAUUCAGCGACCCAUCGUUACUCAUUCCUGACAUUAUUCCUACUUUUACACAGUUUCUCAAAGCAUAACACAUCGCACCAAAUAAUUCUAAUUCAAACAAAUCAGGGAAUAUCCCACAAUACACUCGCAAGAUGUGCAGAGAGCUCAUGUCAGUGUUUUGAUCUGUCAUCUCCAGCACACAGAAGCUCUGAGAGUGAGAAGAUUCCAGCAGAGCUCGUGCUAAACUCAGUCUGGAGGUCAAACAAUAAUCCCAGCAAAUAAACAGAGGGAAAGUGUUCGUGUGAUCGGGUGGAAUGAAUUUGGACAUGGCCUCAUCUUUUCAUCUGCCGAGAAGCAACAGCACCAGAGAAACGAUAGAGAACACGAGCAGCGAGUCUUCAGAUAAUGAAACCGCAGAAAAGGAGAGGUCUGUCGAGCAGAGAAGUGACGACGGAAAUGCGGAUGAGUCCAAGAAAAAGAAGCAAAGACGGCAGAGGACUCACUUCACCAGCCAGCAGCUGCAGGAGCUGGAAGCCACUUUCCAGAGGAAUCGAUACCCGGACAUGAGCACCCGGGAGGAGAUCGCGGUGUGGACCAACCUCACCGAGGCCCGAGUCCGGGUUUGGUUCAAGAAUCGAAGGGCGAAAUGGAGAAAGAGGGAGCGCAACCAGCAGAUGGAUUUGUGUAAGAACAGUUACCUGCCCCAGUUCAGCGGAUUAAUGCAGCCGUAUGAUGACGUGUAUCCGGCGUACACCUACAACAACUGGACCAACAAAGGACUGGCCCCGGCCCCACUGUCCACAAAGAACUUUACCUUCUUUAAUUCCAUGAGUCCCCUCACAUCCCAGUCCAUGUUCUCAGCCCCAACUUCAAUCUCAUCCAUGAGCAUGGCGUCCGGGAUGGGACAUUCCGCCGUGCCUGGCAUGCCGACCACCGGCCUGAAUAACAUCGGCAAUCUAAACGGCAUCGGGAGCUCCACGAUCAGUCCGGCCAUGAGUUCGUCGACAUGCCCGUAUGGACCUCCGGGAUCUCCUUACAGCGUGUACAGGGACACUUGUAACUCCAGUCUCGCGACGUUAAGACUGAAAUCCAAGCAGCAUCCAUCUUUUGGAUAUAGCGGUUUGCAGAGCCCCGGCUCGAGUCUUAACGCAUGUCAGUACAAUAGUUGACGAAUUAAACUGCAGUAAACGGAUACCUGGAGAAAUGACAACCAUGCUGGAUUAGAUGCGUUCGGCAUUUUGCAAUGGAAUAUGUGGAUUGUCUGUGUUUACCUAAACUUGCACAACAAUUUAAAUCCAUUAUUUGGAUUUCAACGUUCUGAAGACAAGUUAAACUCAUACAUUUUGUAUAUAUAUAUAUAUAUAAACGUGGAACAAAACUGAAAAUGAUGCUCCAAGUGGGAACAAUGAACACAACCUUAAUUAGCACACUGUCAUGGUAAAGCUGAGUAGGCUAUACUAGUCUGAAGUUGUGUUUGUGAGUCCGUUCUCUUAUUGUAUUAAGUGUCUGCAGAGGUUGUGUUGUCCUCGUGGCCUCUCAUCGACAGUCUCGUAGUUGUUUCAUUGUGUCGAUAGAUUUACCGCAUGCUUACUCCCAGUGGAAAAAAAAAAAAAAAAGUUUUGUAAAAAAUUAUAUGAAUGUGUAGACAAAAUAACAAAGCUAUAACUUUAUGUUGUACUCAUGUUGAUUGAAAAAAAUGUGCUUAUGUUUAUGGUAAUGUUUGAAUAAACCUCAAAAGAAAGAA